UGUGUGGUUCUUUCAGUACUCUUACAGUCAUGGGAAGGUUAACGUGUGUGGCUCUUAUCGUUUCUGUGUAUUGCGUUUUUUCUGGAGCUUUUAGCCCAGAACUUACUCAAAAUGUAAAUCAGUGGAUUUCUCAUCGGAAGAAGCACGCUGGCUCAGGCUUGACAGACGAGGAGCUGCAGAAGCUGGUCGCUAUGGGAGACGAGCAACACUUCCAGCAGGUGCUGCAGCCUAUCCUCGUGCCCAGGGUGCCUGACACCCCCUCGCACGCCGUCGUCAGGAAGCACAUCGUAGACACUCUACGUGGCCUGCAGUGGACUGUGGACGAGGCUCAGUUCCAGGACAGAACUCCCAUCGCUAACGACGUCACCUUCACUAACAUCAUCGCGACAUUAGACCCUCUAGCCCCUCGACGCCUGGUUCUCGCAUGUCACUACGACUCCUUGAAGACCAACUCCGGUCGCUUCGUGGGGGCUACGGACUCAGCGGUGCCCUGCGCACAGCUCCUCAACCUGGCAUAUGUGCUGCGUGACGCGCUUCAGGCUCACCGUGAACAGGGCAACGAAGUAACCCUGCAGCUGCUGUUCUUCGACGGCGAGGAGGCGUUCGUGCGGUGGUCGCGCUCAGACUCUACUUACGGAGCUCGGCAGCUCGCCGCUCAGCUGCAGCAAACGCCAUACACCGACACCGGGGCUGCCGGCAUCUCUCAGCUACACAGAAUUGACCUUUUCGUGCUCCUCGACCUGUUGGGGGUGAAGAACCCGAAGUUCUACAACUACUUCAGCGCCUCAGAGCCCUGGUACGCUAGACUCGUGUCCUUUGAGAGACGACUUAAGGCGCUGGGGCUCUACCAGGGCUUGCGGGACAUGUUCCUGCAGGAGGACUGGUUCAACCCUGGCAUUGAGGACGACCAUAUCCCCUUCCUAGAGCGUGGAGUCCCCAUCCUGCACUUGAUCCCGUACCCGUUCCCGGCGGCCUGGCACAAGGACGGCGACAACGCGGCCAGCUUAGACGCCCCUACCAUAGCCCUGCAGAACUCUCUCUUCCGCGCCCUCGUGGUUGACUACCUUCACCUCGUCCUAUAGGGAGACGCUCGGAACUCCGCCUCCUCUAAUGACCCCGCAUAUCUUCUCAUGAGGGAUGAUCUUUAAUAUUUUCUGGAUAAAGUAGAUUCAUUGUUCAUGCCUGUGAAUGGAGAAAUUUUUAGAGCAUUUUUAUCUAUGCUGCGUUCAGUCAAGUGACUGGAGAAUUUUUUAGAGCAAUUUAGAGAAAUUUUGCAGUGCUGAGUCACGGCUUUUGUUUGGUUUUAGUGCGUUAUUCAUUUCGGUGCUACGAAAUUUCUCGCUGAAUUAUGGUCGUGUUUCUGACGUAGGUGUAUUUAAUAGCCUAGCUGGUAAACACCCAAAUUUCCUAUAACAAGCUAAAAUAAACUCUGUAAUAACGUUAAUGUUCAUUCAUUAUAAAGUCAUAACGUUAAUGUUCAUUCAUUAUAAAGUCACCAAUUUGAAAUUUUGCCUGUAAAUCAAUGUAGAACACUUAUGUGAUGGUUCUCAACGAUGCUGCUGGAACAUGUGAGGAGUGGACUAAUUUAUUGUCAUAGAUUUGGGCGCGAGGCUCUGCUGCUUGCACCCAUGUCUGAAGUUCCACAUGUCCAUGCUUGCUGCAGCCGUUACAAUUACAAGAGUUGUAGAAUUUUUUAAGUUCGGAAGGUUUAUAUUAUCAGCUCAUAUCCUGCGAGUAUAAAAUCCAGUAUCUCAGGUUACUUUCUUGUGAUUUUAAAUCGACAAAAUUGAUAGAACUAUUAACUGUAUUCACUGCUGUGAACUCCUUGACUAAAAAUGUGUUCGGAAAGUCUAGGCCUAAUCGAGUAUUUUAAAACGACAUAAUACAUUUAAUACACAUGGAUUUCAUUAUUUCAAUUCUUUUUAACUGAAUUUGAAACUUUGUAGUUGACUACAUUGACUUUUUAAACGAGCUAAAAUGACAGACAUUGUAGAGGCGGGGUUCCGAAAUAUUGCUGGUGGUGGCGACUUGUCAUUGUCAAGUCUAUAGAGACUUUAAUAUCUGCUUAACUCGUGUGUGCGUUUAGUGUGUCAUUGCGUACUUCAAUUGUAAUUAUAAGUUUUACUUGGUGGAAAAGUUUCACCGGGAAAUUUGUAUUCUAUGAGAGAUCGCCAACUUGUCUCUUGAUUCGUUUUUUUUUGUACACUUUAUUAUAAAUUUAAAGUUUAAUUGCCGUUCAAUAAUCAUCACGAUAUUAAAAACAUGGAUCAUUGCACUUGUAUUUGAGGUAAAUAUUUUCUUGAUAAUCAUUCUCAGUUUGCACUGCACGGCUGUUGUUUCUCCAGUCGAAGAUUCGUUUGCAUUCGUACACAAAAAAUACGUUUUCGUAGUAUAAUUCAUGAAUAACUGUGUUAGUAUACAUAUUCUUACGCGCAACAUUCGAAUCUAUAUCAACUUCUUAUAUUCAUGUGAUUCAUAUAAUUAUUCAAAAAUUGUAUUCUUUUUUGUUGAACAUUUGUUU